GCGACGCGGUACAGUGGCGUUAUUUUCGAUCUCCAGCGGAUAUGACGAAAGUAUAGCAUCCGAGGAUAUUCAGUGAUAUUGCGGAAUAAUAUAUUGUAUUUGUAAGUGUCCUAAAGUGAAACGCGGAACACAAAUUCGAAAAAUGCGGUUAGAAGGCGCCAAGCUGGCGCUGUUAGUGUCAGUCAGUGUUUUUUUUGGAAGUCUACGGACUCAUGCCUACUCUCAGGUUCUGGUCGGUGGCAGCAGAGCUGAAAACGAUCAAGGACCACGCAUUUUUAAAGCUCUUAAUACGGAUUUGAUAUUUCCAAAGACCUUUAACUCCAGUGAAAAUGUGGUAUCCACUACUGGAGCUCCAGUGAUUGCUUUCAUAAGCACGACCACUCUUCCACCCAUUCCCUACAACCACCAACCUGAGGAAACAACAAGUUCACCGGUGUUUGUCACACCUUUGGUUUCAUUAGAGGCGGAAAACCCGAGUGAUCCUGCUCCUAUGUCGAAGGAUUUACCAGAACCAGUUGUAGAUGGAGUCUCCACGGGACGAGCCGUAGAUUACAGGACUGCGUAUCCCUUUGGUCAACUAAUAUCUCCAUUGUUGAGGGGUGGCAAGCCACAGCAGUACAACUACCCACCAUCAAAAACACGUAUUUAUCCCCAAAGUAGUCCUUCUUACUACACCUCAUCAUCACGAAAUCCAUCUCGCAAUCAUGCUUCGAGACCCAGCUAUAAAAAAGGAUUCAGUGAUCGCUUCACUCCAGGCGAAGGAACUGCCGCUGGUCUAUUUAAGGGCCACAAUCACAACCACGACCAUAGUCACGACCAUUCCCAUGGACAGGACGGCAAGGUGGCCGCCGGCUCGAAUUCGGUGAACUCCUAUGUUGCCCCAGGAGAUGUCUAUUCUUUUCCGCCGUUAAACACCAAGUAUCCAUCACCGUCGGAUGAUCCCAAAGCAGCUUUGCCUUCAGAUACAGUGACAAGUUACUUAGCACCCGCAUCUGGAGGUCUGAGCAAUGCUGGAUAUUCUUAUCCGGGUCCUUCUUCGGGUUACAAGUAUCCAGGGCCACUUGCCAGUAGCAAUAGCGAUAAGGACACGGCGGCCAGUAUGGCGAGUGCCUCCCCAGCAGCAGAUGAUGAUCCCGGCAAUGAUGAUGUAAUUGGAGUGCUUCCGGCUAGUGCCAUGGACAACAUACCGCCAAAGGAUCAGGAAGGCAAGGACGCCGGCAGUGCCGGACCGGCUGACGGUAUGGAUAUGGGGUCUCCUGCAAAUGGAGGUGAUAGUGGCGGAGGUGGGGGAGACGGUGACGAUUCUCCUUUACCAGCACUCCACAAUGAUGGUUCCCAUCCCGACGAUGAUCACAAAUACGAUCCCAAUAUGGAAUAUGCUACACCGCCACCUGGUUGGCUGGAAUCUCACCCAGAAUCGGCGGCGCCAAAACCGGAAGAUCACGAUCAUGCGCCGGAUCAUGAUCAUGUUCACGAUCACCACCACGAUCACUAUUCGGGUCACUAUGAUUACCAGCCCUCGUAUCCGGAUGACACCUAUCCGGAUGUGAUAUAUGACGAUCAUCCGCAUCAUCAUCAUCAUGUUCAUCACCCACCGCCUCCACCGCCACCUCCGCCGCCACCACCACCGCCACCUCCACCACCAACGGAACCACCACCACCACCUCCGCCGCCACCAGAGCCACGUGUGAAAAAGUACAGUUACUUCUACAUUGGCCGGAAACUGUGGUACAUCCCUUUGUACUUCACCGUGUGGUUCAGUUUCUACAUACUGUGGCUAAUCAUUAAGUCCAUUGGUCGCCACAAGGUAAACCUGCCCAAUCACUAUGUCUCUCGACGAAGUGCACCCGAUCCAUUCACCGAACAAGGUCGUGACGAAUAUAUUAACGAGAUGACUGUUAGGGUGCUGGAACACAUUGAUAGCUUUAAGCAAAAAUACUUGAACUGAUAAGGACGCUACUAAAUACUUAAUGGAUAAUAAAAAACUUAAUUUAAAAAAAAAACAAUUUUUUAAAUGAAUUUUGUUUUUAAAGAAUGAACCGAAUCUAAUUUGAAUUUUGGCAAUAAAAAUAGAACCAAGGUAAGAUAAUAUCAAUGUGUUA